CAGGCACACACCCCGGCGCGCGUCCCUGCCCCUCGCGUGCACGCGCAGCAGAGCCGGCAGGUGCGCGCACAGGGACGUUGCAAGACUUGGGAAAAGGGGCGGCGGCUGCAGAGGUGAGCGGGCGUUUAUUGUGAAGUCUAAGUCAAAUUUGCAUGGAUUUGGAGGUUAAAGGAGUUGCUGCAUCUCCUAGACAGCAAGCUGAGCUGUCAUCAGGGGAGAAGAAACUUAGUCAAGGAUGGAAACCGAAUAUACAAGCAACUCGUGGCCUUCGUCCAUCUGAGGUGCCAUGCCUUGAUUUGGGCAAGCUGGGAUCUUCAGAUGAAGAGGAUGGUGAUUCUUACAUACCGUACAGUAAGAGGUUUCCUCGCGUUGGCCCUCCAGAUUCAUCUUCAACUGUUAGUUGGGGUACACCAUUACAGACUCCGUAUGCACAGCAUCAUCAGACACAACAAAUGGCUAGAAAACAUUGUCAGAAGAAAACAGAGCUUUCUUUGGAGCAAAAGACAAUACCAGAAAAUCUGCCAUCCCCAACAGACAAAUACAAACUAAAAUAUCAGCAGUAUGAAGCAGAAAUGAAAGAGGGAUAUAAACAGUAUUCUCAGAGAACUGCAGAAAAGAAAAAAAACAAUGCCCAGUCUCAGGAAUUUUCAAGAAAAACAGCAGAUAAAGAGGAGCCACAGCUUGAAGACAGGACUGAUCAUGAUCUUACAGCUCUUGAUGAGAAAGCCCUCUUGCAGCAAUGCUAUACAAGCAAGCCCUACACAAUGCAGCACAGCAUAAGGAAGUUAGAAGCUGAGGAUGUAGCUGCAGAGAGGAGAAAGCAAACUGUAGUAGAGCAAGUGAUGGUGGAUCAGUUAUCUAGGGCUGUAAUAAGUGACCCAGAGCAAAGUACAAAUAUUGGUACUUACCAGAGGGAUUGGACCUUUGCAGGUCUUGAGACAGUACCAUUGCGUUUUAGAAAAAGAACAUUACAUGAAACAAAAAUAAGGACCAGAUCAGCAUUAACUGAAAAUGUGCUUUCUAAUAAGUUACGCUUUGAUGGCAGAAUUAUAUCAAGGAAUGGGCGUGAUGCUUGCAGAGAGCUGAUUGGAUUCUUUUUUAUGUAUGACAGAUCUCUUACUGUAUAUGAAUAUCGACAAUUUGGAAAAAAUAGAACAAAUGCCUUACCUUUCAUUCAGAAAGGAGUUUAUAGUCAUCAGCGUGGACGAAGAAAAGGACAACAAUAUGAUCUUAGUGACUUUUAUGUUGGUGCUAACCUGACUUUUCUGAGUUGCAAUCUUAGCCUUCCAGAAAGCAUUAAACAGAACCCAAUACUUACCCUUCGUGUCACAAAUAUUGAUGAAGCUGCAAUUGACAUUCUAAAAAAGGAGACUCAGCCACCUGGGCAGCAGCAUUUCCUCAUCCCAAGGAGGUGCUGCUCCAGAGGGUGGGCUGUGGAUGUGAGAACUACUUCUGUGGGAAUCAAGCAAGACAUUACCCAGCAAGAGACUGAUGAGAGCAGAGUUUUCAGGGUUGUUCAAGGUAUACUUAAAGAGAAGCUAAGUAAAAGGGGAGUUCGUGUUGUAACAGGAUUAGGAAAAUACUUUCGAGAACGGGAUCAGAAGAGGGAUGGAGCUCUCUCUAAGGCAGUCUUUAAACAAGCUCUAACAGUAUUUCAUUUAGAAGUGCCUGAAAAGGAUUUUGAGUCUUUGUGGCUUAUUCUUGGUGACAACUGUAAUGAUAAAGUCGAUUAUGGGGAGUUCACUCGUGCCAUUAUUGGGGAAAUGAAUGAGUAUCGAAAAGCAUUUGUUAGAAAAGCUUAUAUGAAACUUGAUUUCAACAAAACUGGCAGUGUACCUAUGGUAGAUAUCAGAAAGUGUUAUUGUGCCAAGAAACACUCACGAGUGUUAUCAGGUGAUGCCACAGAAGAAGAAAUUAAAUCUUCAUUUCUGGAAACACUAGAGGAUGCCUGCAGCAAUUCCAGUGAAGUGUCAUACUGUGAGUUUGAAGAUUUCUAUGAAGGAUUAAGUAUUGGAAUCAUGGAUGAUGAAGAUUUUGUUAAUAUUUUAAGGAAUGCUUGGGGAAUUUAGAACUGAAGAAUAUAUAGAAUGUCAUAAAAACCCCAUUCCAAAAGUAGAGUAAAUUAAGUGAGGAUUUGUUCUUGACACGAGUUACUUUUUGAAUGAAUGUUUCAAAUUUAUUUUAAUAGUUUGAAAAUAUUUGAGAGUAAAUUUUCAGAAUGGUAUAUAAGUUAUGCAUAAAGCUCCCUUUAACAUUUCUUUUAUGUAAAUAAAUUUUCUGUUUUAUUAAACUGUAAAAUUUGUAAUAGCUUUAUGCACUUCCACCUGGCAGUAGGAUCAUUUGUCUCAUUAAAAUACUAUAGCUUAUUUUAAAAACAGUAAUCUGGAAUACAAACAUAGGUGAAAGGAUACAUGCAAGAGAAAACUUACUAUGCAUCAUAAGUACCAGUUGUAUGAUGUAUUGUUGAGAAGCUUUAGAUUUGACUAUAUAUAUUAUAUAUGCACAUAGUGUUUUUUCUCUAAAAAGUGUUGCUCAUAAAAGAGGACAUUUGUUUUAUGAAAUCUGUAGGGCCAGAUACUGCUUGGCUCUUACGUUGAUGAGAAGGAUGCAAGUUAUCUCUCUCAUCUCCCCCGAGUUGGGGAGAGAUCCACGAUACUAAAAAUGCAUAGAAAAUUAAGAACGUUGCAUACCUCCUUAAUGUUCUGAUUUUCAGAGCAAAAUACAGCUUGUUCUGAAUAUAUUUACUGAUCUUCAUCAGACACAGUAGAUUGAACCACAGAUUUUAAUGAGAUGGUUUUGACUAGAGUUUGGAUAUAGUGUGCAUACUUGUCUUUAGGUUGUAGAAAUGUGUUCCAGGGCUUGUAAUGUACUUCAGGCCUUACAACCUGUUGCUGAAUUGUUUUUUACAAACAAAUAAUAGAUUUACUCUCUCUAGAUGUGUGACUUGCAUACAUUCUGCUGCUAUGAUCAUUAUCUUUGGUGGAACCUUAACGGUAAACUCCUUAAUCCAAACUGAUAGGUUUUUUCUUUUCUUUUUUUAACCUUUCUAAGAAAGCAGCAAUCACAACUAUAAACAUUAAAUUUCCAGUCCACAUCCAGCUCAAAUUUUCCUUACUACUGUAAAUAUUUAAUCAGUUGUGCCUUUUAAUAAAAUAUGUUUUGUGAAUCCUGAUUCAUUGUAUUAAAAAAUGGAAAAUGCCUUAUUGAUUUUUUUCUUAUUAUAUUUCAUAAUAAUCUUGGUGAAAGAUACCUUUAACACUAAGGCCAAUCUGGAAUCAGACUAUAUAGGUUCAGUCUUGUGCUGUUAAAAUGUAGUUUGCCUUGUACUUGUCUGAUUGCAUUGUGAUUUAUGAUCUGUCUUGUAUUCUGUGGAUAACACAAGUUUCCUCUGUCAGACAAAACUUGUUGCUCACAGGAAUUUGAGGACAACCUUGAGAUUUGUUGGACUUUAGUCACCCUCUUGGUGGCUUGUUUAUUCUAUCUGUAUUACAUUUUCCUUUACCUAUUUUUUUUUAACUCAUGCCCCCUUCCCUUCUGAUUGUCAGUUUCUUGUAGCCAUUGCUCAUUUUGAACCCUUGCUCAUUUUUAACAUCUCUUCCUGCUGUAUUUACUAUUUUUGUGUUUAACUUUCCAUUUUCAUAUGUUCUGUUCCUGAUUUUUGUUUAUUUUAACCAUUUCCUAUUUAAUCAUGUCUUAUGUACUGUAUGUUUAUCUCUUAUAACUCUU